AUGGCGGCGGUGGCCGCGCUUCUGCUGGGUCUGGCGCUCCUGGCGCCGCGGGCGGCCGGCGCGGGCAUGGGCGCGUGUUACGACGACGCGGGGCGCCCGCAGCGCUGCCUGCCCGUGUUCGAGAACGCGGCGUUCGGCCGGCUAGCCGAGGCCUCCCACACGUGCGGCCGCCCGCCCGAGGACUUCUGUCCGCACGUGGGCGCUCAGGGAGCGGGGGCGCAGUGCCAGCGCUGCGACGCCGCCGACCCCGAGCGCCACCACAACGCCUCCUACCUCACCGACUUCCACAGCCAGGACGACAGCACCUGGUGGCAGAGCCCGUCCAUGGCCUUUGGGGUGCAGUACCCCACCUCUGUCAACAUCACUCUCAACCUGGGGAAAGCUUACGAGAUCACCUACGUGCGGCUGAAGUUCCACACCAGCCGCCCUGAGAGCUUCGCCAUCUACAAGCGCACCCGGGCCGGCGGUCCCUGGGAGGCCUACCAGUACUACAGCGCCUCCUGCCAGACGACCUACGGCAAGCCCGAGGGCCAGUACCUGCGCCCCGGCGAGGACGAGCGCGUGGCCUUCUGCACCUCGGAGUUCAGCGACAUCUCCCCGUUGAGCGGGGGCAACGUGGCCUUCUCCACCCUGGAGGGCCGGCCCAGUGCCUACAACUUUGAGGAGAGCCCCGUGUUGCAGGACUGGGUCACCAGCACCGAGUUCCUCAUCUCCCUAGACCGGCUCAACACGUUUGGGGAUGACAUCUUCAAGGACCCCAAGGUGCUGCAGUCCUACUACUACGCCGUGUCCGACUUCUCUGUGGGCGGCAGGUGCAAGUGCAACGGGCACGCCAGCGAGUGUGGCCCCAACGAGGAGGGCCGGCUGGUCUGCCGAUGCCAGCACAACACUGUGGGCACGGACUGCGAGCGCUGCCUGCCCUUCUUCCAGGACCGCCCGUGGGCCCGGGGCACAGCCGAGGCGGCCAGCGAGUGUCUGCCUUGCAACUGCAGCGGCCGCUCUGAGGAGUGCAUGUUUGACCGGGAGCUCUUCCGCAGCUCGGGCCAUGGUGGGCGUUGCCUCCGCUGCCGUGACCACACAGCCGGGCCACACUGCGAGCGCUGCCGGGAGAACUUCUAUCGCUGGAAGCCACAGAUGCCAUGCCAGCCCUGUGACUGCCACCCAGCAGGCUCCCUGCACCUCCAGUGCAAUGACUCCGGCACCUGCAUCUGCAAGCCCACGGUGACGGGCUGGAAGUGUGACCGCUGCCUGCCCGGGUUCCACUCGCUCAGUGAGGGCGGCUGCAGACCCUGUACCUGCAAUCCCGCUGGCAGCCUGGGCACCUGUGAUCCCCGCAGUGGCCGCUGUCCCUGCAAAGAGAAUGUGGAAGGCAACCUGUGUGACAGAUGUCGCCCGGGCACAUUUAGCCUGCAGUCCCACAGCCCAGCCGGCUGCAGCAGCUGCUUCUGCUAUGGCCACUCCAGGGCAUGUGCGGCCGCUGCCCACUUCCGGGAGCACCACAUCCUCUCCGACUUCCGCCGGGGCACCAUGCUGAGCUCGUUAUGUACAUGGAACCUCCUGGAUUCCCUGGCAGGAGCCGAGGGCUGGCGGACCAGAAGCAUGGGGGGCCCAGAACGUCCUGCACAGUGGAGCCCGAGAGGGCUUCUCCUGGACCCAGAGGGCAAGGAGGAGCUCACAGCACCAGAGAAGUUCCUGGGAGACCAGCGGUUCAGCUAUGGGCAGCCCCUCACACUGACAUUCCGGGGCCCCCCCAGGGGCUCCCCCAUCCCUGCGAGGCUGAGGCUGGAAGGGGCGGGUCUGACCUUGACUCUGCGGUACUCCAGCUCGCCCAGCCCCCUGGACACCAGGCAGCCAGGGGAGGUACAGCUCAAGUUCCUGUUGCAAGAGACCUCCGAGGACGUGGACCCUCCGCUGCCGCCCUUCCACGUCCAGCGGCUACUCACCAAUCUGACUGCUCUGCGCAUCCAGGCCAGUGGCCACAGUGCCAGCCCUGCCGGCCCAGUGUUCCUGACUGAGGUCCGGCUCACGUCGGCCCGACGGGGACUCUCCCCGCCAGCCUCCUGGGUGGAAACUUGCUCAUGUCCCAGGGGCUACACGGGCCAGUUCUGUGAGUCCUGUGCUCUGGGAUACAAGAGGGAGACACCACUGGGGGGUCCCUAUGCCAGCUGUGUUCCCUGCACCUGUAACCAGCAUGGCACCUGUGACCCCAACACAGGGAUCUGCCUAUGCGGCCACCACACCGAGGGCCCGUCCUGUGAGCGCUGCUUGCCAGGUUUCUACGGCAACCCCUUCACAGGCCGAGCUGAUGACUGCCAGCCCUGUCCGUGCCCUGGACAGUCGGCCUGCAUGACCAUCCCAGAGAGCAGAGAGGUGGUGUGUACCCACUGCCCCCCGGGCCAGAGAGGGUGGCGCUGUGAGAUCUGUGAUGAUGGCUUUUUUGGGGACCCACUGGGGCUCUCUGGGGCCCCCCAGCCUUGCCAGCUGUGUCAGUGCAGUGGGAACGUGGACCCCAAUGCGGUGGGCAACUGUGACCCCCUGUCUGGCCGCUGCCUGCGAUGCCUACACAACACGACAGGUGCCCACUGUGAGAGCUGUGAGGAAGGCUUCUACGGGAGCGCCCUGUCCCCUCGGGCCGCAGACAAAUGCAUGCCCUGCAGCUGCGACCGGGCGGGCUCAGUCGGCGAGCAGAGACCCUGUGACCCGGUGACCGGCCAGUGCACCUGCCUGCCUCAUGUGACCGGACGGAACUGUGGCCAGUGCAGCCCUGGCUUCUACGACCUCCAGCCUGGAAGGGGCUGCCGGAGCUGCGAGUGCCGCCCGCUGGGCUCCCAGGGGGACCAGUGCCACCCCAAGACCGGGCAGUGCCCCUGCCGCCCAGGCGUCGAGGGCCAGGCCUGCGACAGAUGCCAGCUGGGUUUCUUCGGCUUCUCCAUCAGGGGCUGCCGGGCCUGCAGGUGCUCCCCGCUGGGCGCCGCCUCGGCCCAGUGUCAUGAGAACAGCACGUGUGUGUGCAGGCCCGGCUUUGUGGGCUACAAGUGUGACCUCUGCCAGGACAACUUCUUCCUCACGGCCGGCGGCACACACUGCCAGGAGUGCCCGUCCUGCUACGCCCUGGUGAAGAAGGAGGCUGCCAGGCUAAAGGCCAGACUGACCCUGAUGGAAGGGUGGCUGCAGGGGUCAAACUGUGGCAGGCCCUGGGGACCACUGGACAUUCUACAGGGAGAGGCCCCACGGGGGGACAUCUACGAGGGCCACCCCCUGCUGCAAGGGGUCCAGGAAGACUUCCUGGAGCAGGUGACAGGCCUUGAGGGUGCUGUGAAGGCUGCCCGAGAGCAGCUGCAGGCACUGAGCAGGAAAGCCCACUGUGCCCAGGCCAGAGCUGAGAAGACCUGCGUCCAGCUGGCAGACCUAGAGGCGGUGCUGGAGUCCUCAGAAGAGGAGAUUCUGCAUGCAGCCACCAUCCUUGCAUCUCUGGCGAUUCCUCAGGAAGGGCUCGGCCAGCCCACCAACUGGAGUCAUCUGGCCAUAGAGGCCCGUGCCCUCGCCAGGAGUCACAGGGCCACCACCACCAGGAUUGAGGCCACUGCUCGGAGGGCCCUGCUCACCUCCAACAGCAGUUAUGCGCUUCUCUGGAGUCUGGUGGAGGGGAGAACAGCCCUGGAGGCCCAGCAGGAGCUAGAGGACAGGUACCAGGAGGUACACGCGGCCCAGAGGGCGCUGGGCACGGCCGUGGCAGAGGUGCUGCCUGAAGCUGAGAGGGUGCUGGCCGCCGUGCAGCAAGUCGGCGCAGAUGCAGCCCAGCGCCUGGCCUCACCGGCUGCCCCUGCAGCACCGCCUCAGAAGUCCCAGGCCAGGACCCUGGGCCUGAAGGUGCAGGCCCUGGAGAAGACGGUCACGUCGAGAGAGCGCGUGGUCACCGAGGCUGCCCGGGCCCUCCAGGCCACCGCCCAGGCCGUGCUGCACAAGACAGAACCCCUUAUGCAGCUGCACCGGGAAGCCAGAGCUGCCCUGACCCGGGCUUCCUCAUCUGUCCAGGCUGCCAUGGUGACUGUCACAGGAGCCAGGACUCUGCUGGCUGACCUAGAAGGAAUGAAGCCAAGGUUUCCUCGGCCCAAGGACCAGGCCGCACUGAGGAGGCAGGCAGCCAUUGUCCAGGACAGGCUCCUUGCAGAGUCCAAAAAGAAGACCAAGCAGGUGGAGAGGAUGCUGGGAAAUGCGGCAUCUAUCUCCUCCAGUGCCAAGAAGAAGGGCAGGGAAGCCGAGCUGUUGGCCAAGGACAGUGCCAAGCUCGCCAAGGCCUUGCUGAGGGAGGGGAAGCAAGAGCACCGCCGGGCUGGCCGGCUCUCCAGCCAGACGCAGUCGAUGCUCCAGCAGGCCUCCCAGCAGGUCCUGGCCUCAGAAGCACGCAGACAGCAGCUAGAAGCAGCUGAUCAGGUGGGUGCCGGGCUGAGCGAGAUGGAGAAGCAGAUCCGGGAAUCACGCACCUCUCUGGAGAAGGACAUCAAAGCCUUGUCAGAGCUGCUUGCCAGGCUGGGGUCACUGGACACCCUCGGAGCCCCCGCCCGGGCCCUGAAUGAGACCCAGCGGGCACUGGAGCGCCUGAGGCUGCAACUGGGCCCACCAGGGGUGCUGCAAGGGAAACUGAGGCUCUUGGAGCGGGAGUCUGAACAGCAGCAGCUGCAGAUCCAGAGCUUCGAGAGCAACCUUGCUGAGAUCCGUGCUGACAAGCAGAAUCUGGAGGCCAUUUUGCAGAGCCUGCCCGAGAGCUGCGCCAGCUGGCAGUGAGGGCUGCCCGGACCCACGGUGCCCCCGGCCCGGGGCAUGCACGCCCGCCACAGGUGCGCCAUGCAGGCACGCUGCCCAGAUCCUGCUGCCGCGCACCCGCCCGGUCUGUGCCCACAGCCCCUCCACGCCGGCA